AUGAUCAAGCGGCGAGUUCUUGGUGUUCAGAAUAGUGAUUCGGUUAGUGGAAAGAAAAGUAAUGUUGGAAGUAGUUCAGAUGACAGGGUUGAUAACAAUAAUGAUGAAGGUACUAUAAAGCAGGCAAAGGCAAAUAUCGGCACUAUAGAAAGUCAUGUGUCCGAUAUGCAAGGCAGCACUGAGAUUCUAUGUCCCAUUUGCUCGGAGAAAAUGCUUACUCUGACGCAAUUGAACCAGCAUUUGGAUGAUGAGCAUUCUUUAGAUAGUGAUAAUAAUGGGGAUUCGGGUGAAAUAGUGGAAGAUAAGAAGGAUGGGCCUGAAACCAUUGGAAUUCAGGCUGAUCUUGGCAAUUGGGUGAAGAAAAGUAUUAUCGAGAGCUUUAUUGGUUCUUCCGAAGGAAAUAUGUCCGCUAGAAGCAGUAACCCAAAUUCUAGUAGCACCUCUUUAAACAGUGAAAUAUUGCCGAAGACAGGAAAGAGAAAGAUCUCCAUACCGAGAUCGCACUGGCAAAAAUCUACAGGUGACGAUUAUUGCCAAUAUUCACACUGCAAUAGGAAACUUGGGUUGAAAAAUGGCCUGGUAAACUGUCGAAAAUGUGGUAAGCUUUUCUGCGAUUGGCAUACCAUGUACAGGAUGAAGCUCAACAAGGAGCUCAAGAGUGAUCCGACCCAUGGGUUGUGGUGCCGUGUGUGUAUAGAAUGUUUUACGGGGCGACCCUGUUGGAAUCAGCCAAAUACAGGAAAAGAACAUGAUCUCACUUCAUCCUAUAGGAAAAUCCGAAGUACAAAGUCAGAUCUGUCGAGUUUGAGCAAUUUGAACCUUGAAAAUCGGCUUUUUAAGCUUGUGGAUUACCUGAAAAUGGUUGAUGAUGGCAAAAUGAGCUAUAACGAGUAUGUUGUUCGGGAAAAGGAGUUGGUACCAUGGAAUGAGGGUUCAUCCAGUAAUGCAUGUAGUGUAUGCCAUAAAAAGUUUACAUUCUUUCUCCGACGGCACCACUGUCGAAUUUGUGGCCUCGCAGUUUGUGAUGAUGUCAAUCUGGGCUGUUCUAUGGCUGUUCCAAUUGAUAUAAUUGCCCAACUGCUUGACAUUACUUUGCCAGACGAAGUAAGCAACAGCAGAAACUUGGAUGCCGGGUUUCCCAAGAGUUCAAUGGUAAAAAGCAUGUCCAUAAGAAUGUGCAUUAAAUGCAAACGUGUGUUGUUUGGUAAGCGGCUUUCCCACAGAGAUGAAAUCAGGCUCGCAAGAAGCGAGUUUGUUUUGACAUACACGAAGUUUAGAGCUUUGACUGGUGUGAUAGAUAACGUAAAAAAAGGUACCGAUGACUCGAAACUUAUAAACUACUUCUCACAAAUUGAGCAGAUGGUGAAACAGUUUGGCCAAAGAACCAAGCAGAUGGAGAAAAGCGGUGAUGACGGCCAAAGUGAGAUUCGAAUCUGUGAGUCUUUGCAGGCUAUGAUGAUUGGCUACAUACAAGAGAAUAUGCCAAGACUAAGAAGUAUCCAGAAGAAGAAGAUCAAUGAGGAAAAGCUGCUCAAAGCUAGGCAAAAAGAAGCCAAGGGAAAUGUUACAAGCAGUGAUGCAAAGAAGUUAACGUUAAAAGAGAUCAGGUUAAAAAGAGAGAAGCUCAUGGUUCUGAUGGAACAGAAGUACACAAUCGAAAAUUUGCACGAGAGAUACAAAAAGCAGCGUAAGUUUGAUGACCUACAGGCAUUGGAUGAUAACUUAAAGGACCUCAAUAAGGAGAUUGAUGCGAUCCACCAGGAAAUUGGCAGUGAAGGGUUCAACUAG